AUGGUAAUUCCUAAAUUGUUCAACACCGUUAGGUUUUUCUUCUUCUUCUCACUUCCUCACUCUCCUCCUUCUUAUUCUUCCACCUUUCUCUUCUCCAAUAUCACUUCUUCACCUUCCGCAAUUUUCUUCCGCCUUUUCCACUCCCCAAGAUCCUUCCUUUUCUCUACUCCGACCUCUUCUUCUACUAUGCACUCUGAUAUUCAUAACUAUGCCACCACAUGCUCCAGCGCUGCUCUUCACUUGCAUUCACCUUCCACUCAUAGGUAUUUAUAUUUGAAUUCGUAUUCGUAUUCGUAUUCGUAUUCGAACUCUUAUUCUUCUUACCGUGGUAGACUAUCUGGUGAAGUUUCUGAUAUUGUUGCCUUGAUUCGUGAGGAUGCGAAUGAUUUAGGGAUUAGGUUAAAUAGGAUGAACUUGCGUUUGUCUAAUGCUUUGGUUGUUGAGGUUUUGAAGGCCUUGGCAAUUGAGAGAGUUUCAGCAUUGAGGUUCUUUGAUUGGCUGAAAAACAACCAUGCUGAGAUUUGUGGCGAUCCGGAGAUAGGUUUCUUGGUUGUUAAUAACUGUGGUCUCUUGGGAAAUUAUGAAGCUAUGGUUCCAAUUUUGAAUGAAUUUAACCUUAAAAGGGUCCCCUUGAGACGAAAUGCUUUUGGAUUCUUGCUGUUUUUGUGUUUGGACAAGGCUUCUGCAGUCGAAUGUGUAACGAAAAUGAUUGGUGUGCUAAAUGAGGUUGGUGGGGUAUGUCAAAGUUCUGGUUUUCGGUUAUUGAUAGAGAUGUUGGGUGUUUUGGGGUUUGUUGAUAUAGCUAAAUUUGUUUUAGGAACAAUGAGAAGGAAGGUGAAUCACUAUAAUAUCUUAAUAAGUAUAAUGUGCAAGAGAGAUGAUUGCAAAGGAGCAGAGGAUUUGUUAAACGAGAUGAAGAGAAGUGGUUGUGAUCCAAACAGACUUACUUAUAAUUUGUUGAUUAGUUGUCUAUGCAAGAAUGGUAAAUUUGCAGAAGCUUUUGAAAUGGUUAAAACUAUGGAAAAAGAGUGUGGUAGACCUGAUGCAAGCACCUUUGAUAUUCUUAUUAACUUAUCAUGUAAACAUCACCAGUUUGAUUUAGUUUCAAAACUUCUUGAUGAAAUGACGCUGAAGGGUAUUGAACCUUGUGUUUCAACUCAUGCUGCGGUAAUAAAGUGUUAUUUUGCUUCAGGAAAAUAUGCGGAAGCGCAUGAAUACGUGGUUGGUACUACCAUUAAGCGGAGUUUUUCCAGCAAUGCAAACUACAGCUUACUUGCUGACCUUCAUUUGAAGACAGGAAAUGUUCUACUUGCGCAGAAGAUUCUCUUUGAGAUGAUGGAUAAGGGUCUUAAACCAAAUUUUCCAGUGUACAUGAAGAUAAGGAAGCGUCUUCAAAAGAAAAAUGAAAUGGAUUUGUCUAUGGAAUUAUCAAGAAGAUACUUGAACUUGAUUGAAAAAUGAAGAACUAUUGUGACAUUCAUGUCAUGUGAUGCUUUAGUGUCAUUCAACAUUGGCUCAGUAUUGACUUUGCAUUCAGAGAGGAUGGCUGAAGAUUGUUGCUUCAUCAAUAUUUUCCUUGCAUUCUGGUACGCGUGAUUUCAAUUCAGGUACCUGUCAAACAAGGAAUGGCUGGAUCUACUAUUGCAUCCACCAGGUACUCAUCAAGGAUCCCUAGAUUAUGUUUUCGGAUAUUUAAUUGACACUAAACCUGACUUAAUGACCUUUUCCUCACCACCAAUGAUGACUAUCUGGGUCUGCUGUAAUCUGUGAAUCACCGGGUUUCUUGAGUAUAUCUUAUGGAGCAUGAAUUUUUUAUAUAUCCAGUUAUCCUUAAAUUUUUUAAUCAAUUUUUUUCCCUCUUGCUUGAAAGUAACUAUAAGAUUGAAAUUGGGGGCAAAAAUAAUUUUAUGUGUACCUGUGUUGCUCGGAUUGUAUCAGUAAGAAUAAAUUGCUCUUGUUAUUAAAGAGAGAGAAUAAAAUGAAAUAGCAUAAGAAAAAGAACAAAAUCAUGUAUAGUUCUCUAGAUAGGGUCUUUUUAGAUUCUUCAACAAGUAAAACAAAGGUAGAUGAUAACAUCAGUAGGGCGAUAUCUUAACUACUAUACGCUUCUUGUGUGUUUUAAGAUUGAUUAGUUUUUUCCUGUCCUUAUUUAUCAACUAUUUCCACUUUCUGAUAGAAAGAUUCUUAUAUAUUGGUGAUGAUAAGUAGAUACGCAUGCAAUAUAUGGGGAAUCUGUGUAAGCAGCUUUGUUUAAUCACUGGAAACUUUGAUCAUAACGUGCUUAAACUCAGAAUCAGAAUCAGAACCAAAACCUCUGCAUCAUAAAAGAAUUCUGUUUCCAUCAAAAUUCCUGAUGAAGCUCAAGUAGAGUCAUAUAGGGUUAGCAAAUCUUUAAGGAAAUGAAUAAGACUAGAAAAUAAAAAAUCAGUUGAAUUAUAAAUUGUUAGUGUAGAUGACAGGUCUCUAUAAAUUUUUCUAUUGCUAUAUUUGGUAGCAUUUAUUUAUGGAGAAAGGGUAUAUAGAGGGAGACAGGGAGUCAACCUUUGGAAGAGUGUUUGAAAUGAGAGAUAGGACUUAAACAGCUGGUCUUGGGAUACAAAAUUCAUGUAUUUUGGAUACUUCCAAGAAGUGGGGGACAUUGGAAACGCAAUAUUGACCUCAUUGCCCUGCUAGACCACCGCCGUUGCCGGUGGCCUUUCGGCAGCAUUCAACAAUGGUUUGGUCCUGUCUCAUGUCACUCCCAAAGUAGAUAUAAGGACAUUUUUUUGUACAUCUAUCUCCACUAUACUGAUAUCUCUAUCCCUGAAAUUCAUAUGCCACCUUUUCUGAUCCAUUUAUAUUUGUCCAAUUGUCUCGUUUUGUCAAAAUCUUUCACCUUUUUCUUUUUUUGCCUCAUGUAGAACAGCUUUAAAAGCUCUAGUAAGGAGUAGAUUAGGUAGAGGAUAGCCUAGACAUGGUAAAGGGAAGUCUGAGAACAAAACUAUAGGCAAAUCCAUUCAGAAUGAGCCAUUGACAUGGUCUCCAGUAGAAUGAACCAACGUAUCUGAUUUAUGUAAUCACCUUCACUUAGUGAAAAAGGCUUUAUUGUUUAUCAUUUUUCAAAGAAUGACAUCAUUGACGCAUUUCUUAUUCAUCUGGGGUUGUUGGCGACUUGGCGUUGUAAAUGAGCCCGGCUGUUGAUUUUAAAAGUGGAUUCCCACUUCUUCCUCUUUCUGUGGCUGUAGUUGCAUGUGAGAUUAUGCAGUGGCCUGUUGAUUAGUACCUUGCUUCUUCUUUGUUUACGCGUGUUAUAUUGCAACAACGAUAAGGUGGCUUGGUUUGCCUUGGCC